UUCUGUUUCAUUUUUGUGGUCAACGACUCGGGAGAGAGGCAAAAAAAGAUGGGAGCUUUGGGGAAGCUGAUCAACAUCUCUCUGUUUUUCUUCUUCGCACUGAUGGCUAUCAAUGUACCGCUUCUCAACGGUCAAAUACUAUUUCCUGGAAUCUACCCGAAGCUCCUCACCGAUCUGAAAGACUGGUACAGCUCUGAGUUCAACGAUUACCUCUUCAUAGAGAAGCCUCUUUUCUUCGUUGGACUCGUCUGGCAUGAGAUCAUAUUCCUAUUGCCUCUCUCCAUUGUCAACAUCUACGCCAUUCUUACCAGCAAGUCGUGGUUUGGUACCACUUCUUUGUUGUAUGGAGCUUCUUUCCUCACUUCCAUGGCUGCUAUACUUGGAGACAUGAUAGGUUCAGAGAAGGUGACUAACAAAUUGCUAUUGGCGUAUUUGCCUUUCGUGGGUCUUGCAAUUCUGGCAAUGCUUCGUGGUCUGGUGACUUGUUCGACCAAAAGAUCAACUGUUUUAGCCAGGAGAAAGCUUGCUUGAGGAUAAACCAGGGUAAUUUCUCAUUUGAAAACUUUACUUUAUCACAUGGUAUGAAUGUUCAAUGUGAAAACAUUAUCCCUUCUAGAAAUUUUGUUCAAGUAUUAACUCAGCAACAAUUCCUUGGUUGAACUUAACCUAAACAGAACCAAAAGGUAAAUUUACUUGGCAAUGGCCCUUUUGAGAGAC